CUUUCUCUUUCAAUUGCACACCUGAACCCCGCGAUAUCAUGGAGGAAGAAGACGACGAUUUCUAUGACCCUGCUGAUGCAGUGCCGGUCACCAACACUCAGAAUGCGCCUCACAAUCAGUCCUCGAAUGCCACACCCCAGCAUUCGAAUGAUGACGAAGAGAUUGAGGUAGAAGAGGACGAUGAUGAUGAAUUCAACAUCAUCACGGAGGCUCCUCCAGAUGCUCCAGCUCCCGAAGUUUCCCAUCCCCGUCAUGCGAUGCUUCGAACCGAGUCUCAGCGAACGCCAUCCACCGACCUUUACACGGGAUCGAAAUCUGCCACCCCUGGGUUGACGCCCAAGGUAGAAUCAGCUACGCCCGUCCCCGCCAACGCAAGACCGGCUGUUCCCCAGAGGCCGGGAUCCGAAUACCCCCCCGUCCACGCGUCCAACAUUGAUGUGCAUGCGAACCCGACGCACCCUUCUACCGGAAAGCCUAUCUUGUCAACGGAUAUGGAUAUGGAUUUCCCGGAGGAUGACAAGCCGUGGAGACGCCCGGGUUCGGAUAUCUCUGACUACUUCAACUACGGAUUUGACGAAUUCACUUGGGCUAGCUACGUCUUGAAACAGCAAGAGCUUCGGAGGGAAGUCGGGGACCAGAAGAAACAACUGGACGAGAUGCAGGCGUUCUUGAACGGUGGAAUGCCACCGCCAAUGCCCGGAGGCCCGCAGCCAGGACCUGCAGCCGGUCCCGCCGCCGGGCCUCCGCCGAUGCCGGGCAUGCCUGGUAUGCCUGAUAUGUCUCCGGAGAUAAUGCAGGGCAUCUUGACCACCAUGAUGUCCCGAGGUAUGGACCCUACGACCAUGGAUCCUAUGACCUUUAUGCAGCAUGCUCAAGCAUUUAUGGGCGGACAAUCCGGCGCAGGCGGCGGACAACCAGCCCAAGCAGGGUUUGCUGGCCAAGGAGGACAACCUCAGAUGGGAGGAUAUGGAGGUGGCUUCAAUGCCGGACGAGGGCGAGGGCGAAGGUGGUAAGGGGAGAUGGAUCCAUGUUUUUUAUUUUGUCGGUCACGAUUAUAUUCUUGAUAAUGCGCCGAAUCGCAUUCUAGGACGGUUAUGUACUGCGGAGUUCGUUGUUUACUAUGAGAAAAAAUCGGAAGUCUUUGUCAAUUGCUGGCUUCGUUGUUUGGGUUGGGUAGUAGUUUCGGGGCAAAGGAGGCGUGUUAUUGAUCUUCUUGAGAUAAUGCAACAAAGUGCUUAGUACCGCUAUUGAAGCGACUAUGCCAAUGGCCAUGAAGUAAAUAUAAUCCUCCACAAAACCAUGAGGCAAAUAUGUCUUGCGC